CCACUGUCUUAGCGUCAUUGCAGUGCGAAUCAUUGUACUGCACACAUGUCUGUGCUUAUAACUAUUUUGUGUGCAUUGUUUACCUAAAUGUGAUUUUCAUCAUGAGCUCGAUCAAGACUCUCUCAGUGUUGUUACUAGUGCAAUUAAUAUGUCAGUGUUCACAGGGGCAGCAGAAGCAAAAGUUUUUCAGGAAAGACUACACGUUCAUAGAAGACUCCCAGGCGUUCUACAAGAUACACACGAUACACAGGACAUGGUCGGAUGCGAGGAAAAGAUGUGCUAUGGAGGGGGCCAGUAUGUUUUACCCUGAGGAUGAGGUGGAGGCGAGCGCUGUGUUGGGUUUAUGGAACAGGACACAACCGUUUUCGUGGGUGUAUGUUGGAAUUUCAGACUUGUUGGCGAAAGGAGUCUGGGAAACAAUUGACGGUCGUCCAAUACUAGACGUAUACAGCAACUGGGGUCCCGGCGAGCCGAACGACGCGAACAACGUGGAAGACUGCGUGAUCUGGCGGCGAGAGAGUACGCUCAACGACGACCGAUGCGACCAGAAAUACCCAUUCAUCUGCAAGAAGAAUCUUCUUGAUCUGGACUGGAAUACGCUUUGUGAUAUGCCUGAUCCGAGUUACCACUACAACAAGGAUUUCGGCAAAUGCUACAAGUUUCAUCUCACCCCAAUGAACUGGACUGACGCGCACGCGGUAUGCAGCGCAGAACAAUCGUACCUGUCCAUCAUCAACAGCCAAUCAGAGGCCGACUACCUCGUCAAGAUCACCGAGGAAGCCCCGAAGAGCAAGGUCAAAGGGAACUUCUUGAGCGGAGCGGUGUAUCUUGGCUUUCAUAAUCGGGAUGGUGAUGGGUGGAAAACUAUUAAAGGCACCUCUCUAGACGACAGUGGCUACACCGGCUGGGGCAACCAGCAGCCAGACGGUGGUGAAAAUGAAACCUGCGGUUCCAUGUUCUAUAACGGUCGGCUGAAUGACUUGGGCUGCUUCCAACGAUGUUUCUUUAUAUGCGAGCAUGAUAUAGGCCUGCUUAGCGGCGCUAUAGAAGAGAGGUUUAAGGACUGAUACUAGUUUUAUAUUUACUGUUUUUAUCAAAAAACUACACACAUACACAUAAGAAGGUACCUACAUUAGUCAAAGAGCGGCCACUUUAAAAGUGUAAGUUGACCUCAUAGACAUUUUGCAUUUCGUUCCGCUCAAAUUGUGUAAAUAAAAAGAAGAUGAAAUUUAUAAGGGAGGUAUUGGUACUGAUAAUAUAUGUAUCUAGUUAACACGCCAUGUUUUUGUAUCCCCGAUACGGACUACUAAUAUGGAAAGGUAUCGAAACAAAUAUAAUCAUUUGCAAACACGAAACCAAAUAGGUAAAGUAAACCUCAUCGUUUUUUUUAACGAUUGUCAAUUUUCAUAAUGAUCCUGUAAUUUUUGUAGGUAAAAAACCAGAAAGACUGGGGAUUGAAAAUCAGAAGAGUAUGGUUUAUUGCCAGUUUUCUAUUGACAAAGUGUCUAAAGAUUGUUUGGAAUAAGUGUGUACCUUAGUUUAUGAAAAUCUUGAUUGGGCAUAUAUUAUGUUUAUAUACCUUUUCAAUAUUUACUCAUUUGUUAUUUGAUAUAGAUAAACACAUAGCUCUUUUGCUCAUUAACCCUUUGGAUGCCAUAGCUCGCCAAUUAUCCUUAAUACGCUAUCGUAAACUUUGGAGUUUAUGAAGGUCUAAAUUACAUGUCCGUUUGUGGUCAUCUUUCGUGGUCAAGGGUUAAU